ACCGCCCCCUCCCCCUCCCCCUCCCCCUCCCUCCACUGCAACACCUACUCGCCUUCCUCCACCGCCUCCUCAGCCGCCGCCUCCGCUGCUGCUGGAUUGGAGAGUUUGAGCCAUGCUGCCUUCUUGCGCGCCACGUGCUCGGCGGAAUUCCUCGUCAGUACAGGAGCCAAGAAACGCUAGGAUUAGGCGCCUCCCAGGGUCCCUUUUAGUUCCCCUUUAACGAUUCGUAGGUUUGGGUUUGGUGUGGCUGUGUCCUGUGAUUUGUGGGAGUCCUGGUUUAGAGUCUACCGAGAAAUCAAGAACUGCCUGUUUUGGUUUGCAGUAGUUCUUGUUAGCGGUUUUGGUGCUUUUAUGGGAGUGCCCGUCGCGCAGAAGUCCGAUUCUUGGAUUGCGGAGCUUGCGAUGACGGACUGCUGCGACGGCGGUGAGAGCGGCGGCCUCGGUGGCCGGCCUAUUAACGGAGGCCGAGGUGGUGCCGUAGAGCAGCCUGAGUCUGGCACAGAUAGGUCUCCAGUGUCCCCGUCUGAGCGUGUUUGUACGCCGCCUGCAUCGAGGCUGGCCGGGUGGAGGCGCUUCUCGUCACCUGGUCCUCUCCGAUGUACAACACCGAGUGGAUGUAGGAGCGUAGGGUACGAAGAUGGUGAGGACUCGGAGCGGUAUUUCUCCCCGCAGAGUGAGUUUUCUCAAGACACAUCCGAUACGGAUUCGAUGAGCACAAGUAUCAGUAGGAUGUACACCUUCAGGUUGGGUACUUCGAGCCCAGGAGAUAGUCCUCUGAAACAAUCAGGAGUAGGAGACACAAGUCCUCCCUCCAGGAGGAGUGGCCAUUCUGGCCAAUAUUCUCCUAGCUAUCCUUGGAAUUUUGGGCGGGGAUCAGAUGAUGUCGAUUCUAGCUUUAUGAAUUCGCCACCUCGUGAUGAUGAACAGAAUAAAGAUGUUGUACAACCAAUUGAUUUUGAGAGUAAUCAGCACAUUUGGUAUCCACCACCACCUCAGGAUGAGGGCGAUGAUCUUGAAAAUGGUUUUUUUGAAUAUGACGAGGAUGAUUACAAUGAUAUUUGUGAUGAGAAGGUCUUUGAACAUGUUAACCAUGGUUAUGGUGAUGAUGAUGAUUUACUGGGGAUCAAAGGAAAACAUAAUAUAGCUCAUAAAGAGUUCUUGAGGAAUUCUUUACAUGGGCAUUUCAGGGCUCUAGUGUCCCAAUUACUCCAAGGACAUGGAAUUGAUCCUGUGGAUGGCUGGUCAGACAUAGUGUCCUCAUUAGCAUGGCAAGCAGCUACCUUUGUUAGGCCAGACACGAGCACAGGUGGUAGCAUGGAUCCCACCGACUAUGUCAAAGUCAAAUGUGUAGCAUCAGGAAAUCCAAAUGAUAGUACUUUCAUUAAAGGUGUUGUUUGUUCUAAGAAUGUAAAACAUAAACGCAUGGUAUCAAAACAUGAGAAUCCUAGAUUACUUCUUUUGGGUGGAGCACUGGAACUCCAAAAAGUCACGAACAAACUAGCGUCAAUAAACAGCAUUCUUGAACAGGAAAAGGAAUAUCUUAAGAAUGCUGUUGCAAAGAUAGAGGCCCAACGACCUCAUGUCUUGCUGGUUGAAAAAAGUGUGCCAUUGUAUGCUCAACAGAUUCUUGCAAAAGAUAUCUCUUUAGUGUUGAAUGUCAAGAGAUCACUUCUGGAAAGGAUAUCACACUGCACAGGUGCUCAAAUUGCAUCAUCCAUUGAAAAUAUCACUUCAGCAAGGCUCGGACAAUGCCAAACAUUCUGGAUCGAGAGAGUUACAGAAUGUUCGUCACCAAAGACCUCGAACAAAAAAUCUGUCAAGACACUGAUGUUUUUUGAUGGUUGUCCAAGACGCUUGGGGUGCACGGUCCUUCUUAGGGGCAAAUCCUACGAAGAGUUAAAGAAGGUCAAACUUGCUGUACAGUUUGCUUUAUUUGCGGCAUACCACUUAUCACUCGAGACCUCAUAUCUUGCCGAUGAAGGUGCAACGUUACCAAAGAUCCCUUCAAGCCUUCAACUCGAGAAGCAGAAUUUAUCCUCAAGCUGUUGUCAGCAGAAUUAUAAGAAAUUUCAAACCAUUGACAAUAGAACUUUCAGAAAUGGUGGCAUUAUGCCUUGCAUUGAUGGUUCUUUAAAAUUUCUUUCUGCAAAUCAAUCUCAGACAAGAGCUAAUUUAAGUCAUGAGGGAUAUGUACAAUCUCAUUCAAGAACUGACUUAAGUCAGGAAGAAUACACUGAAGGAACUAUUGACAUGUACCCUUUUGCCACACAAGCUUCUAUGUAUAAUGGCUGCCUACCAACUCUAGGCGUAGCUGUUCAGGCAUCCAAAAGUUUAUCCACCAGUGUCAGAAAAGGGACACCACCAGGUUUAUAUUGUUCUCAUAAUGUUCACAGAGAUGAAAUGGUUGGUGGAAUUUUGAGGGUCGAAAGUGACUUGGACAAUGGUUGGCAUCAAAUGUCAGAUGAAGACCGUGUAGUAGCAAUACAUGAUCAUAAUGAGAAUCACAAUGAAUAUUUCCCAACAUCUGAAAAUCCACAGAGCAUUUUGGUUUCCCUGUCAAUUGCAUGCCCUCUGAGAGGAAUUGUAUGCAAGCAAUCUCAGCUCUUUCGCAUAAAGUUCUAUGGUACCUUUGAUAAACCACUUGGAAGAUACUUCCGUGAAGAUUUAUUUGUUCAGACAUCAUGCUGCGAAUCUUGCAAGGAGCCUGCAGAAUCUCACGUACGAUGUUACACUCAUCAACAAGGCAGUCUCACAAUCAGCGUUCGAACUCUUGCAUCUGUCAAGUUACCUGGGGAGCAUGAUGGGAAGAUAUGGAUGUGGCAUAGGUGCCUAAGGUGCAAACCAAAAGAUGGAAUCCCUCCAGCCACACAAAGGGUUGUCAUGUCAGAUGCCGCACGUGGACUAUCUUUCGGGAAGUUUUUGGAACUUAGCUUUUCGAAUCACACGACAGCCAAUCGAAUUGCCCGCUGUGGACACUCCCUCCAGAGGGACUGUCUUCGUUUUUAUGGGUUUGGCAGCAUGGUCGCUGUCUUCCGUUAUUCUCCAGUACACAUUCUGUCUGUCAACUUGCCGCCCUCAGUAUUGGACUUUACAUAUCCAAUAGCUCAAGAUUGGGUCAUCAAAGAGGCUGCUUGUGUAGCAAGGAGGACAGAACAGUUUUACAGGGAGAUUGUUGACAAACUUGGCUGCAUCGAAGAGAUAGUAAAUGCCCAAAACGUGAGAAUGAAGUCAGGCUUGUAUAAACAUGUUACCGAUCUUAAGGAUUUGAUUAAAGUCGAGUGGAAGAAGUACGACGUUUUGUUGGGGUUUGCUAGCAUAAAUAACUUGCAGACAUAUAAACCAACAAUGGAUGUUCUAGAGCUCAAUCGCCUGAGACGAGAGCUUGUAAUUGAUGCUCACAUAUGGGAUCGAAGACUGUACAUGAUGCACUCCCUCACAAAGGAAAACUGCUGUACUGUGCCAUCUGAUGCACAAUCUCCUGAGAAGCCUACCGACAAUUUGUUAGAAGACUCAAAUGCUGUGAUAUCCAGUAAACAUGGGAAUACCGAGAAUUCACUGGAACAUACUCAGUCAGGUAUAUUGGCAGUGGCCGCAGAAUCAGGGAAACCAUUGCUCACAAGGGAACAGAACAUGAGUGCAUCACAUUUGGGGUUUACAACCAACAUUUUAGGUGAGGUAUCUCUGCAGUCUAUUGAAGGCUAUGCUAGAUCAGCUGGUUGCGGUUAUGCCUUGGGCCCAUGUGAAAUACAGAGUGAAGGAGUGCUGGCUGAUGAACUUAAGACUGAAAAGACUUUGCAGAAGUCAGAAUCUUCUGCCUCCAAUCUUUCUGACAGAAUUGACCUAGCUUGGACUGGCUCUAGUGAGUUUGUUAAUGAUCCAUCAAAAUGUAGCAUGGAGGCACUUCCAGUCAUACCUGCUGCUCUGAAAGAUGAUCCCUCAUCCCAGAAGGUUAUAGUGCCAGUUAGAAUCAAAUCAUUCGAUUCUGCUGUCACUUCCAGAAAUAGGUUAUUGCCUGUUGACGAUUCAAAUGCAAGCAUAAGAAGAUCUUAUUCUCAAAGGCCUCCAAAGGCUAUUGAGAGAACUGGUGGGGGCCUGUCUCCAACAUUCAUGAAUAGGCUGUCACUUUUUGGUAUGAUGGAUGGUGAGGGUCGAUUGCUUCUACCUCAAAAUGCCUCAGAUGUGGUUGUUCCAGUUUAUGAUGAUGAGCCAUCUAGCAUGAUAGCACAUGCCAUGACCGUUCCAGAAUAUCAUAACUUCUUGUUGCCACUGAUUGAUGAGCAUAAUGAAUUGGAAAGAUCCAGUGUAUUGAAUUAUCUGGAUCAGGAUUCUACUUCUAGGAACUACUCAGAUGGAUCAAUGCGGAGCUAUGGUUCUGACCAGCCUCAACCUGUAAUUGGAAAUGAUUCUAAGGACACCCAUCUGACAGUUUUGUUUGAGGAUGAAGAUUCAUAUUCUGUGGAAAAAGCAAAAUUUUCUGUGACGUGUUAUUUUGCAAAGCAGUUUGAUGCAAUCAGAAGAAAGUGUUGUCCAGAUGAGCUGGACUAUAUCCGUUCUCUGAGUCGCUGCAAGAGAUGGGGUGCCCAAGGUGGUAAGAGUAAUGUCUACUUUGCCAAAACACUAGAUGACAGAUUUGUUAUAAAGCAAGUGACCCGGACAGAGUUGGAUUCAUUUGAGGACUAUGCUGCAGAGUACUUCAAAUAUUUAACAGAAUCAGUAUCUUCUGGAAGCCCAACCUGCCUCGCUAAAGUCCUUGGUCUUUACCAGGUUGUUGCCAAGAAUUUGAGAGAUGGAAAGGAGCUGAAGAUGGAUGUAAUGGUCAUGGAAAAUCUUUUUUUCAAGAGGAAGGUAUCAAGAAUAUAUGACCUAAAAGGCUCGUUGCGUUCCCGCUACAACCCUGAUACCUCAGGGAACAACAAGGUUCUCUUGGAUCUGAAUUUAUUAGAGACACUUCACACAAAGCCCAUUUUUCUUGGAAGCAAAGCAAAAAGAAGGCUGGAGCGAGCUGUGUGGAAUGACACUUCUUUUCUGGCUUCGGUGGAUGUGAUGGACUACUCUCUUCUAGUUGGCAUUGAUGAAGAAAGUAAAGAGCUUGUGAUGGGGAUCAUCGACUACCUUCGGCAAUACACAUGGGACAAACAACUAGAGACUUGGGUGAAGGCGUCAAGAUUCCUGGGUGGCUCCAAAGAUGUUCUGCCGACAAUCAUAUCCCCGGAUCAGUACAAGAAGAGGUUUCGGAAGGCUAUGUCGAAGUACUUCUUCACUCUCCCUGACCAAUGGUCACCUUGAUCUCUUGAUGCCAUUCACCCUGGCAUCAGAUGCAUUCGGGUGAUUCGAUUGCAAAAUGGAAUGAUGGGAAGCAACAUGUUGUUUUCUCUUCUUUUUUUUUUGUUUCUGCAUUUGUUAGAAUAGUUGAUCCAUUUGUGCCUCUUGUAUGUUAUUAUUGUUCACAACAGGCAGGAUCGAGCUCCCUGGAGAGGACAGUAGCGAUGGAUGUCCAUCCAGGCAGAGUCUAGGGAUCAAUACGUGUACAUACACUACAUUGUAACAUGAAAUGCAAAAGAAAUGAAAUACGCGAUAACACGAGUUCCUUACCAAUGCUA